CUCCAGGGGACUCUUGACUCUGAGCCUUGGAGGCAGUCAGGGUAUAGGUGAAGGGAAAGUAAGAACUAAGACGAAAUGGGAGGGGUUGCAGAUGCAUUCCUGCAAUGCCGUCAGGGUAUAGUUCUUCCAGGUACUCAGACGAAUAAGUGUUACUCGUCUUACAGAUGUAUCGACUCGCCGGGAAAGGCUUCUGAUGUGCAUAGGAAUGGUGUCUUUGUUAAAGGAUCUUGCAUGGGUGUGAUGGGCACAGGGCAAAUAAGACCAGAGUGGCGAGCUCAUGCGGCUAUGAUUAGCUCUCGAUUGGAGUCUUCAGUCAAGAAUGGGACCAAACCUUCAAACUUCUCUUCAAGAAUCACUACUGAUAUUCCGCUCUAUGAGUCACCAGGGGCUUCCUUUGAUCAAUACCUGAAUGAUCGACCCAGAGUCUUCAAAGCAAUAUUCCCAGACAAACGAAGAAGCCAGAGGUUGAGUGAGGAGGAGUGGAGAAUACAGAUGUUGCCAAUAAAUUUCUUGUUCCUGACUGUUUGGCCUGUGAUCGAUAUGAGGUUGAGAUGUAAAUCAACAGGAGAAGACUACCCGACUGGAAUUCCUCCCCAUGUCACAAGGGUCCUUGAACUGGAUGUGAUGAGAUGGGAGCUCCAAGGUCUUGAUAUUGAGCCCUCCCAUUUCAGACUAGGGGUACGAGGAGUGCUUUAUCCUGAUAGACAAGGAAUGCAGACAAGACUCAGAGGUCAAUUGAAGAUGGAAAUAAGCUUUGUGCUACCCCCUAUGCUUGCCUUGGUUCCAGAAGAUGCUCUCAGAGGCAUUGUAGAGUCUGUGCUGAGAAGACUGUUGGAAGACAUGAAGCAUAGGGUGAAUGUAAGCUUGCUAUCAGACUACAGUGAGUUCAAAAGGGAGAAGCCCAGGAAUGUAAAGAGUUGAGCCUUAAGAGAAUUGAGAAAAGGUAAGAAAUGAGAAGAAGAGAAUGGGAGCCUUUAGAAUUAUGAAGAUUACCCUUUUCGUUAAUUACUUUCUCUUGUCUGGAGCUAAUUGAAUCGUCCAACUGUUGAAGAGAAUUGUGAAUAUCUCUGUUCCUAUCAAGUGCAUGACCUAUGUUCUCUCUCUUACGAGUUCCCUGGAGAAGUGUUAUGUGGCUAAUGUGGCAUGAAGGGAGUUAUGUAAUUAAUUGUGUAGUUAUCCUAGCCUUAGAGCACCAUUUCCCUCUUUUGGAUAUCGUCAUUUUUUAUUUUUUGUCUCAGACCUGACAACAAAUUGAUACUUUUAUUAAGGAA